AUGGGCCCAUGUAUACUAUGUCCAUGGUUCAGCCCGUAGAUUGUUUUUUCGUUCCUGCACUGUUAAACUGUUGCAAUAAGUUAGAGCGAGAAAAAAUAUAUUUGUCUUACUCUAACUUAUUGCACCAGUUCAGAAGUGCAGAAACAGAAAACAGACCCCGUGACAAUGAUUCACAUACUUAUGAUACCGUGUUUUGUUCCUAAAUGCAUCUAGAAAAACUAUUGAAACCGUUUUGGCGCUAACUAUACAUUACGCUGCCAUGGCCACCCGUUAUAAGCUUAGAUAAGCUUUACAUGUAUACGUUGCAAAAUCGCAAACAGUAAUAAAAAAAACUUGAGAAAGUGUAUAUAUGUAGUUAAAUUAUUGUAAUUAAAUUUUACCGAUUUAAAGUCGGCGGAAAAGAAGAAUCGCUGAUUAUAUAUCAAAAUAGUAUACAUGUGACUCAUUAUUAUUUAAUAAUUUUCCACUGUUCAUUAAAUACCAGUUUUUUAAACAACCUGCCAUUAAUUCAAUAAUAACUGAUUAUUAUUCAGCGGCAUAACAGAUACGGUUAUUUUUGGAUUAUAUCAUUGAUUUAUAACAGUUUGGAACUUCAAGAUGCAUAAAUUCAAGAAGGCUCAAGCACAAAACAAAUUGUCUAUUGAGAAACACCUGGAAGCAAAUGCAUCCUUAAACUCAUCUAGUGAAGAAGAAGAUGAAACAAAUGAGGAUGAUGUUCAAAAUGUGGUGGACAAAGUAUUGUCUGCAUAUAAAGGACAAGGGAUAGAUGCAGAAAAAGUGAUAUCAUAUUUAGUUAAUUCUUUUCAAUCCAGCAGUGCAGUUUGCUUGAUAUGUAUAUCAACUGUCAAGAAAAUAGAUCCGAUAUGGAACUGCAGAAUAUGCUAUGCAUUUCUCCAUUUGUCUUGUAUCUUACAUUGGAUAAAUGACAGUUUGAAUUACAAACGGGCUAAAGGAAUUACCCAAAUCUGGGCAUGCCCUAAAUGUCGUAUGGAAUAUGGGCAGGAUCAGAUCCCAAGAUCAUACAAGUGUUUCUGCAGAAAGACCAUAGACCCUCCGUAUCAACCAUGGAUGAUCCCGCAUUCCUGUGGCGAAACCUGUGGUAAAUUGCUGCAACCAGAAUGUGGCCAUAAAUGUGUAUUGCUUUGCCAUCCUGGUCCGUGUCCACCAUGUGCCAAGAUGGUCAUGGUAAAAUGUUACUGUGGCAAACUACCAGCACAGCCACGUCGCUGUAAUGCCAAAAACUGGAGCUGUGGCAACGUUUGCAACACGAAAUACGAAUCAUGCAUGCACAGUUGUGGCAAUUUGUGUCAUACUGGUGAGUGUCUGCCAUGCAUGGAGACAGUGUCAUUGAAAUGCCGUUGCAAAAGCAGCCAGAAGGAAGAGAAAUGCCACAAGGGUAUAUGGAUCUGUGAGAAACCAUGCAACAGAAAGUUUUCCUGCAACGUGCAUGUUUGCGAGAGUACCUGCCACUUGCCAGGCGACUGCGGUGACUGUCCCAUGGAGAAGAACAGAUUCUGUCCCUGCGGAAAGAAACGAUACGAGGUUUCCUGCAGGCAGCAGCAAGUGCCGGCAUGCGGGGACACCUGCGGCAAGUUACUGAACUGCGGCUCGCACUACUGCAACAUGAGAUGCCACACGGAUCGUUGUGGCCAAUGCCUGGAGGUGGUGACGAAGACGUGCCGAUGUGGCAGCUACACGAAGGAGAUCGCCUGUGUGAAAGAGUUUCAUUGCAACAAGAAGUGCACACAGACGCGCCUGUGCGGCCGGCAUCUGUGCAACAAAAAAUGUUGCGACUGCGUCUUGAAAAACGCAUCCAAUCUCUGCGAGAAGAUUUGCGGUGAGACGCUAAAUUGCCGCAAGCACAAAUGCGCCGCGCCCUGUCACAGCGGUCCGUGCUAUCCGUGCAACAGAACGGACGUCAUACAAUGUAGAUGCGGCAGCAGCAGAAUCACGGUGCCGUGCGGCACCAGGAAACGAAUUCGACCGCCGCCGUGCAACAAGUCCUGCAAGAUACCGCCGAUCUGCCACCAUAGCAAACGAGAGACGCACAAGUGCCAUCAGGGCUCGUGUCCGCCGUGCAAAAAGGUCUGCGGUCUGAUCUACAAGAGAUGCGGCCACUGCUGUCCAGCUACCUGCCACACCAAGGUCUGGGUAAAGGUGAAAGUAAAUGGAGCGAAGUCACAGCCCAUCGGACCCUGGGAGAAACGACAGGAGGACGUUAUGCAGCUGAAGACCCUGCCGUGCCCGCCGUGCGAAGUCUCCGUGCCUGUGACUUGCCUAGGCGGUCAUGAGACGCGCCCUUGGCCGUGCCAUAUGUCGAGACCGAGCUCCUGCGGUAGAGUUUGCGGCCGACCACUGCCGUGUAAAAAUCACACCUGCGAAUUAACAUGUCACAAGGUAGGGACAGUCAACGAGGUAGACGGUACGAGCAGCAAUGGCACUCCGUGCAUGGAGUGUGUGAACGAAUGCCUCUUCUCACGUCCAACUGGUUGCACGCACGCGUGCCCGCAACCUUGUCAUCCGGCACCGUGCAAGCCGUGCAAGCAACUGGUGCGGGUUUCUUGCCAUUGCGGCAUCAGCACUCUGUAUAGACACUGCGUCGACUUGACGUCUGCAAGCAGCAAGAGACGAAACGAGUUACUGCGAUGCGGCAACCAAUGCCCGAAAAAUUAUUCAUGUGGGCAUCGUUGCGUCAACGAUUGUCACUCGGGAACUUGUACGAAAGGGGAGGAAUGCAAUAAGAAAGUCAGAUUGUGGUGCAAAUGCAAGCGAAUCAAGAAGGAUUUCCUUUGUUCGCUUAUUCAGAAGAAGCAAAUUACCGUGGAAUGUGACGAUGUGUGCGAGUCGAUGAAGAACGAAAGGAACCAAGCACAAGAGGCUAUGAUGGCGAGGAAGCGAGAGGCGGAGGAACUGCGCAAUCGAGAGGAGAUUGAGAAAUUCGAGAAGAAGUUCAAGCCACGACGCAAAAAGAGAGAUAAGUAUGACAACUCAAAACAGUCCCAGGAUAAUACGGGAUACAAGCGUAAAAUCGCGUUGAUCGUAGCUAUCAUUAUAGUUCUCAUAGGUGUAAUAAUAGCUUAUACGAAUGGACUCAAUUUUAAUAUACUUGAGAGCUGAUUCUUAGAGCUGAUCAUAAAUUUAUGAUGAUCUUACAAGAAUAAUCAUUUGAUAAAUUAAAGAAGCUCUGUGAUACAAUAACAUAUGUAUACAAAUAUUUGUCGUAGAAUAAUAUUGUAUCAAUUUUAGAGUUCGUAUAUAUUAAUAUUAAUGUAAAUACACUAUUAUAUAUACAAUAUUAAUAUUAAUCAAUUUUAUAUUAAUAUUACUGAUAGUAGUUACAUGUAUAAUUUUGUGGCAUAUCUUUUAUAUAUUUAUAAGCAGUGUUUAAGAGGCCUAAUAACAGCAUUUACAGAAGCUCGGUCGUCCUUGUGAGAUUUGAAGACUUUGUAGUUUUGUAACGUGUGCUUUUAUGAAUGUAGAUAAAAUAUGUGUACGAUACAGACCAAAAAAUUGUUUUUACGAGGAAAUACAGAUUAUAUGUAUUUAACAUAUAUAAAAUGUAAGGUGUGAUCGAAGAAUAUGGGGACUCGUUCUACAGCAUGCAGCGUAAUGAAAACAUUCUCGCUUGGCAGUGACUGGAUGUCUUAUGUUUCAACUAUGUACGCUGCAAGUUGCUGCAACUUGUUUCAUUUAGUUGUUCAUAAUCUACGAGCGGUAGUGUUUUAUUGUAAUUUUCGUCAUCUACGAUUUUUAAAUAUAAACGAGUUUAAAGAACAACCCACACAACACAACGUCUACAAUCGGGACAUGAGACGUUUUGUGUCUCAAUUUUAGACGUUGUGUUGUGUAGGGAUAAAUAUGCAUAAAAUUUUGCGUUAAACUUGAUAAAACUGGAGUUGAAACACUAACUGAUGCAAAAAGCUUUCGGAAACUUUGCUAUGAUAUUGCUCUAAGAUAUUGAGGAAUAAGCUAUCACAAACGCACUCAGAGGAGUAUCUCACCCAGCAUUUCGUCAGGUGUCCCAUGAUCGCCGUACUCAUUUGACUUAUCACGACUUUUUUCUCUUCUCCCGUAUAAAGGGGAGCAUUGAAAGGAUGAUGCUUCGAAACUGUAGACAAAAUUAAAGCAAAUUCGCAGGCAGCGCUUGAGACAAUCCCAGAGGAAGCUUAUGCAGUCCCCUUUCAGGAUUGAAAAAAAACGGUUCGCGCUUUGUGUACGAGUGGAAGAGGUCUACUUUAAAAGGGAAUCUACUCAAGUAGAACAAAUUUUUAAAAGAUAUUUUAAAGACGUUCUAUGUAUGUUUUUCGACUUUUAAGGUAUUUUUAAGGU